UUUGACUUCACUGACAGGUUGGGCAAUAGAGUAAAAGAAGGAAGUCCCUACCCAGCUGCAUAUAAUGGUGGCAAAGUAAAUAACUACAGCAACAAGAGAUCUGUUGAAAUAGGAGCGGUGUGCAUCCUGGUUUCACUGAGGACCAUCACAAGAACUGAGAGCCAUCUUUUGCCCUGGAGUCAUGCCCAUAAAUUUCCAGCUGCCGGCCCUCAUCCUGGCACCACUUCUCUGUGCUUAUGUCUGCCACUCUCCUGCAUCAGCUGCCGGCCUAUACUUAAAGGAAGGGCAAAGUUGCUACAAGACAAUGCCACUCAAGACUCGUGAAGUUAGAACUUACCCUCGUCCCCAUGAGUAUCUCAACAUGUCUGAGCUUCCCAAGAAUUGGGACUGGCGAAACGUAAACGGAGUCAACUACGCAAGCCCUACUCGCAACCAGAACAACCCAUGGUACUGUGGGUCUUGCUGGGCUCACAGCAUCACCAGCGCCCUAGCUGACCGCAUCAACAUCAAGAGGAAAGGGGCCUGGCCCUCUGCUUUCCUCUCAGUUCAGCAUGUUAUUGACUGUUCUGGUGCUGGGUCCUGUGAGGGUGGUAACCACUUAGCCGCAUGGCUCUACGCUUAUGAGCAUGGCAUUCCAGAUGAGACAUGCAGCAGUUACAUAGCCAUGCAGCAAAAAUGCAUGGAGUGUGGGGCAUGUGAUGCUUUUGGCAAUUGUCAUGAGAUACAGAAAUACACCCACUGGAAAGUGGGAGAUUUUGGAAUAGUCUACGGGCGAGAAAAAAUGAUGGCUGAAAUCUAUGAAAACGGACCAAUCAGCUGUGCAAUUAUGGCCACUCCAAAGCUGGAUGAAUACACAGGAGGUAUUUUUGCUGAAUACAACAAGAUGAUAAGACGAAACCACGUUGUCACCGUUUCUGGCUGGGGGGUAGAAAAUGGAAAAGAAUACUGGAUUGUCCGCAACUCUUGUGGCGAGCCCUGGGGAGAACAUGGCUGGUUUAGAAUUGUGACGAGUGCAUAUAAAAAUGGAAGAGGAGCUGACUACAACUUGGGUUUGGAAAAGCUCUGCAGCUAUGGAGAUCCUAUUGUUCCUUGACUCUGCAGCUGGGCUGUCUUUGCUUCUGAAGUUAAUCCUCUCAAAUAUUUUUUCUUUCUUUCUGAAGAAGGGAUGGAUAGCUUUUUAGUGUGUAAUGCAAAGAUGGGAAAUUAGCAUGGAGAAGUCUGCUUAUAGAGUUACUUUUUGCAUUCAGAACUGCAUAUAUUCACCCCAAAGAAGGGCAGUUGUUGACAGAGACUGAGGUGGGGAAGGAGGGAAAUGUAUGGACUGUAGCUGUGAGGCAUUUCAUGCGGUGUUCUGUUUGUUUUGGGGUGCUUAUCAUUUGGGACACAGUUGGAUUGCUCAAGAAUGAAAAGUGUAUGAAGUGUGUAAUUAACUGCUGAUUUACCUUCAGUGCAAUCACUCUUCCGCUUCAAUCUUUUUCCUCUGUGGUUUCAAAAUAUACUUCUAUUGCAUUUCA